AUGGCACCUCUCAAACUCAACUCUCAGAACCUCUCCCAGAUCGCUACCGCCGGCGAAUCCCAAGUCAAGGUCCCGACCUAUGCACGCGGUGGCGCUGUCAAGGAGGGAAUCGUCCAUAUUGGUGUCGGUGGCUUCCACCGAGCUCAUCUGGCCGUCUAUGUCGAUAAGCUCAUGCAAAACCAUGGGGUGAAUGACUAUGCCAUCUGUGGUGUCGGCUUGCAGCCCUUCGACGUGACGAUGCGUGACGUUUUGCAAGCACAGGACGGUCUGUAUACCGUCAUCGAGCGCUCAGCUAAGGGGAGCUUCGCCAACGUUGUCGGCAGCAUCAAUUCAUUCCUCUUUGCCCCGGAUGAUCGUGAGGCUGUUAUUGCCAAGAUGGCGCACCCUGAUACCCAUAUUGUCUCUCUCACCAUCACUGAGAGCGGCUAUUACUAUAACGAAAACACCCACCAGCUGCAAAGUGAGCACCCCGAUAUCCAAUUCGAUCUCGACCCGGCCAAUGCGAGUAGCCCACGUACCACCUUCGGCUUCCUCUACGCUGCCCUAGCCCGCCGCCACCAACAGGGUCUUAACCCCUUCACUGUUAUGUCCUGUGAUAAUAUGCAGAAGAAUGGUUCUAUCACUCGCCACAUGCUUGAGUCGUUCGCCCGCCUGCGAAACCCAGAGCUUGCUAAGUGGAUCUCCGAACAAGGCCACUUCCCCAACGCCAUGGUUGACCGCAUCACACCUCAGACCGCGCCCGCAGACAAGACUGCUCUCGCAGAUAACUUUGGUAUCGAGGACUCAUGGCCUGUUGUUACCGAACCAUUCAUGCAGUGGGUGAUCGAGGACCGGUUCUCCGAUGGCCGCCCGCCAUUUGAGAAGGUUGGUGUUCAGGUUGUGAGCAACGUCCACGAUGUUGAACAGUUCGAAAAGCACAAGCUACGUCUCCUGAAUGGCAGUCACUCUGCGAUCGGAUAUCCCGGACAGCUGGCGGGCUUUAAGUAUGUUCACGAGGUUAUGGAGCAUCCGGUAUUCCGCAAGUUUGUCUGGCAGAUGAUGCAAGAGGAGUCGAAGCCUAACCUGCCCGAUAUCCCCGGCGUCAAUAUCGACGAGUAUUGCCAGACUUUGAUGGAGCGAUUCUCUAACCCUACCAUCAUGGAUCAACUCCCUCGUGUCUGUCUGAACGCCUCUGGCAAGAUCCCACAGUUUAUUAUGCCCUCCAUUGCCGAGGCAAUUUGGGUCACUGGCCCCUUCCGCCGUCUGUGCUUCGUCGCGGCCGCUUGGUUCCAUUAUAUCAAGGGAGUUGAUGACAACGGCAACAGCUUCAAGGUUGAAGAUCCCAUGAUCGAGGAGCUCCAGGCUAAGGCCCAUGCCGGAGGCACAGACCCAGCUGCGAUUCUCAGCAUCAAGAACCUGUUCGGUGAUGAUCUUCGCAGUGAUAAGCGCUUCAUGCAGCAGAUCACCAUUGCGCUGGAGGAGAUUUCCCGGGAUGGUAUUCUGAAGACCCUGCCCAAGUACGUUGACUGA